UAGCUUAGAAUCUAACACGGUUGUGGAAGAGCUUCUUACAAAGAUUUACAUUAGCUUAUGAUUUGACAUGGUUUUGGAAGAGAUUCUUAUUAAGAUUUACAUUAGCUUACAACUUGACAUGGUUUUGGAAGAGCUUCUUACAAAGAUUUACAUUAGCUUACAACUUGACAUGGUUUUGGAAGAGCUUCUUACAAAGAUUUACAUUAGCUUACAACUUGACAUGGUUUUGGAAGAGCUUCUUACAAAGAUUUACAUUAGCUUACAACUUGACAUGGUUUUGGAAGAGCUUCUUACAAAGAAUUACAUUAGCUUACAACUUGACAUGGUUUUGGAAGAGCUUCUUAAGAUUUACAUUAGCUUACAACUUGACAUGGUUUUGGAAGAGCUUCUUACAAAGAUUUACAUGCCUUAGUUAAAAUUUGAAACGGUUGUUGAAGAGCUUUAUCGAGUUUUUUUGGGUUAUGGAUAGAAUCUUUAUAGAUUUUUGAGAAAUAAAUUGUAUUAAAAUUGUCAGGUAUUUUAUAUGUUACAUAAUACUGUAAUAUAAUAUAAAUUUUAAGUUAUAUAAAUUUUGUUUACUGGACUUAUUUCAAUGUAUCCUGUAAAUUGUGUUCAAGAGACCAAUAAAAUAUGAUAUAAUGUAUACGAACUAACCCACUGAGUUAUUAUAUGCUAUUUAUAAUAUAUAAAUUGAAUUGAAAGUCCCGGAGAACAUUAUCGGAGUAAACUGUAAAACUAGCUUAGAUUUUGUCUCAAACUCAUUUUUACAUUAUGCAUCAAAAGAUUCAGGAUUACUAAAAAUAAUACCACCAAAUUCAAAAUAAU